AGAUUAUCUGCGCGGAGCGCGAAUGAAUUAUCAUUUUCCCUUCGACUGCCCCCAUCAUUGGACCAAAACGAAAACCACCAGGGAGCUCUCGGAAGACGCAUAAUGAGGUCCGGGUCCCGAAUCCCAAGCAAAGAAUAACAUCGUAAUCAGAACACACAAGCAUAUACAUACAUACAUAUGUAUAUAAACGUAUUGUACAGUUCCCUGUUGUAAGUAUCAAAUAUAGUUAUGUCUCGAGCAGCGACAUCUGAACGGUCCAACUCUGAAGACAGUAGCAACGCACAUACUUGCUUGACCGAGGUGCUCCGGAACUGUGCCGAUAUUCAAUCGCUAGAAAGCUUGAGCCUGCCCCACAGCUACGACUACUACAACGAGCGGAAGAUGAUUUCGCCAAACCCGUAUUCUUUCAGCGGGAACGUGUCAAAUAGCAGCUGCGCCAGCGACGACGACGUUUCCUUUACAGACUGUUUACUCGAAGACAAUGGCCGCAUUUCGUUGGCCUACGAAAAUCUGAGAAGCAUUCCAAGGCGACUUGCAGACAAGUUCGCAGCACAGACCAAGUGUCUAGAUCUCAGUCAUAAUGACUUUCGCGAUCUGAAAUUUCUCUCCUUCUUCGAAAACCUGGACACACUGAUUUUGGACAGAAAUAUGAAUUUGGACUUGAACACUCUUCCUUAUCUACCAAGCCUAAAUAUAUUGAUCAACAACUGCGAUAUCUCCAAUACCGACUGGAUACACCGGAUCGAACGCAACUGCCCGGCGCUGGAACAACUGUCGUGCAUGGGCAACAUCCGCACCGCCGUUGCCAAUCAGGGUGCCGAAAUAGAUGUCGGGCGCGACUAUAUUCUUCAAGUAUUACCCAAUCUUAAAUAUCUUGACGGUGUGCCGGUGCCGGUUUCCGUCACCCAGAACAACGGGAACCGUAGCCCUGCUGUUCUCUUUUCCCCUUCCCAAGGGCAAUGCCAAGACUCAACGAGCCACACAGGCAGUGGGAAAAUUUCCACACCGACACUCGCAUUCAAGAAUCUCUUCCGGCUCAAACCAUCCACAAAGCCGCAUGGUCUUGAUGGAGCUCGAAGCGAACAGAUGUAUGGAAACGGCUCGUCCACAAACUAACAUAACAUCAACAAAUGGUUCGGCAAAGGUCAUAUGCAUUUGUUAGCCUAUGAUAUUUGGCCAUCCAUGGAAUUAUUAGCGAUGCUCUUCUUCCCCAGAAUGCUGCAGCCCUGCAUUGCACCUUCCUAACAAUGGAUGCACAUGUGUACAGGUAUAUGAUAAUUGUCAUUAACUAAAUAUGUACACUUAUGCUAAUGCAAAUAAUUACUGUAUGCUAAAAAAGAAACCUAGCGUCAUAAAAUACAUUUUUACAAUGCAGCGACUGAACAUCAGUAAAGUAAGUGUUCUUCAUGAAUGACAUUCAUGAGCUCUACAUUCACAAUCAUUUGU